AUGGCUGAAAUGCAAGCAUGGCAAGUCGCCCACCCAGGCCCAAUGCAAAAAGUCUUCCGCCUCACCACGCUCCCCAAACCAAGCACCCUCAAGCCCGGCCAGAUCCUCGUCAAAGUCUCCAGCGCAGCCCUCAACCCCGCCGACUACAAGGUCUGCGAGCUCGGCCUCGCAUCCCGCCUCAUCACCUCCUUCCCCAAGAUUCCAGGCAUGGAUCUCAGCGGCCGCGUCGUCUCCGUCGCACAAGACGUUGCCGACGCGAAAGAGGGUGAUUUUGUUCUAGCUAGAGCGUCGCCGACGAAGGCUUGGGGCUCGUUGGCGGAGUAUACGAUCCUCGAUAAGGAGGGGUAUAGCGUUAUACCUGAGAGCCUGGAUAUGGAUCAGGCUGCUGGUGUGGGCACCGCGGGGUUGACGGCGUAUCAGAGUAUCGCGCCGUAUGUCAAGAGUGGUGAUAAGGUGUUUAUAAACGGUGGCUCGGGCGGUGUUGGACUCUGGGGUAUUCAGAUCGCCAAGGUGUUGGGAUGUUCUGUUACAGUGUCGUGCUCAACUGGAAAGGCAGAGCUGUGCAGAAGCUUAGGCGCGGAUGAUAUUAUCGACUACAAGACCAGCGAUGUCAUCGCCGAGCUCAAGAAGCGCGGUCAAGUCUUCAGCCACUGCGUCGACAACGUGGGUGACGCACCGCCCAAUCUCUACGCUUCAUCAAACAACUUCCUCCUCCCCGGCAGCAGCUUUGUCUUCGUGGGCGGUCACGUCUCAGCCAAGAGCGUUCUCAGCUUAACGACGAACCUAGUACGACCUUCGUUUCUGGGCGGUGUAAAGGCAAAGUUUGCUACGUAUGCUACUGCGAACAAGAAGAAGGAUCUGGAUCAGCUGAGGGAUUGGUUGGUGGAGGGCAAGGUCAAGACUGUGAUUGAUUCGACGUUUGGGUUCAAGGAGGCGGACAAGGCCUUUGAGCACUUGAAGAAGGGGUCUAGUGGUGGUAAGGUUAUGAUUCAUGUUGAGUAA